AUGCGCCACGCUCCACUUUGGGUCCUGAGCUAUAGGGACAAGCAGAGAGCGCUUCGCCAGCUCCAUUCCGCUCUCAAACAGCAAGACGCCAGUCCUGUCUUCGAAACAUCAUGCAAACACAUCGAGCUUCACCCAAUGAAGUUCAUGACCGGACAAAUACUUUACGGCGAGGAGGAAGUCGGACCUAUGUUCCCGCAUUUCGCGCCGAAUCCUCAUGUUGCGAUCCCAGACUCCCUUGAGGACUGUUUCACAAAGUCAAGGGAAAACAGAAAUACGAAGAGCAAUAAUGGAGAUAUGAUCACACCCAACACCAAACAGCUUUUUGAAAGCUUUGAGAGACGCUCCCGGAUUUCCAGGCCUCGCCCUCAACAAGAAAGUCGCUGGUACCCAGCUUCAAUGUGGGGGAAAUAUGAUUACCUUUUCGACAGCAAUGACACACAUGGGUUCACUAUCGAAAGCGGAGCCACGAGGACAGAAGCUACGGGUUCCAAAACCAUGUCAGGUCAUCGGCUCGUCGUCAUGAAAAGCGACUCUUUACAGCAUGAGAGCCACACAUCGAUUGGUGAACUGGUAGUGUUGGUGAAUUGGAUGAUUGCUGGAUUCAAAGAUCAGACGAAACCAAUGCGGAGCAAGCUUGGUUCCUUAUAUAACGAUCGGUUCAAUCACGACUUUCCAACCAUGGUCAUCUCGUUUUUACCUGAUUGUCAUGUCCGAGUCUUAUUCGGGUACUUCGAGCGAAGCAUGCUCAAGGUGGCCUACACUAAAGCCAUUGAUUUCGACACUGACGACUAUGAUACCAACAUGCGAACUCUGCUUCAAUGGGCCUGGCCGAAAGUGAGAUCCGAUACUUCGAAGCCUGUACCUCUCCCAACCAUUCUGGAAGAGAACGAGGAAGAGGACAAAAAUGAUAAUUGGGAGCUGGAAAUCGAAGACACCGAGCGUGAUGAAAAAUCUGGAAGUCACUUGGAAACCGAGAAGGAGGAGGAAGCGCGGAAGAGAAAAGGCGUGCAAGAAUCAGAUUGCAGAAAGUUCAGUCUUCCAAGUUGCAAAAAAAUCAAAGUUGAACGAAGUUGA